UAAAGAAUAGUAAAAUAAAUAACUGAAGGAAGUUCUGAAUUUCAGUUAGAAAUUUUGAGAGACAGACACACAGACACAGACCACAGAGAUAAGAGAACGAGAGGUACUGAAGGUUUAAUCCUUUCAGGGAAGGACUCAAGUCCAAGGGCUGCUUAACUUCCGUCUACAACUAUUUCUGCCUGAAACCACCCUCCUCUGACCACUCACUUCCUUUCUGAGACAAGGGCGGAGCCAGCGAAACUACCUCAACUUUGACUGAGUCCAAGUGGGUGCCCCCCUGCCUCUUCCCCUCCUUGGCACUCUACCUGUCUGGCAUCAGCCUCUGCAUGUGUCUGUCCACACAGGAAAAGCCACAUGGCUGAAGGAUGAUUCUUCCAUGACUCUUGAUCUGGACCGAGGCUUCCCCUCUCUCACCAGUGGUCUGCCUCCCCCAGAUCAGUUAUAGGCCCAAGUCAAGGACAUCCAUCUUACCUCCAUUUCCUUGUCCUGAAUCAGGAGGCCUGCAUAGGAUGGCUGGCUGGUUCCGACAAAUCCUGCGUAAGCCCAAAAAACGCCACAUGCAGCCAGACACCAACACCAAGGAUGUCCCAGAGCCACCCUCACAAAGUAGUUCUCUACCUGAGACUCAGGAAUCUCCCUGGGUUCCCACCCCAAGCCCAGCAGACACGGAGAGCAGGAGCAGUGACUCUCGUUGGAGCAAAACCUAUGAUGUGUGUGUGUGCCAUAGUGAGCACGACCUGAUGCCUGUCCAGGAGCUGGUCUCUUAUCUGGAGGGUGAGCCCAAUGGACUGCGAUGCUUCCUGCAUCUUCGGGACGCAGCCCCAGGUGGUGCCAUUGUGUCAGAACUGUGCCAGGCGAUGGGCAACAGCCACUGCUGUGUACUGUUUAUCACCUCCCAUUUCCUUCAGGACCCCUGGUGCAAGUAUCAAAUGUUACAAGCACUAAGUGAGGCCCCAGGGUCUGAGGGCCACACCAUACCCCUGCUGGCUGGCCUGGCUCGAAGCGAAUACCCCCCUGAGCUCCGAUUCAUGUUCUACGUGGAUGGCAAUGGCCUUGACAAUGGAUUUGGAAAGGUCAAGAAGACAGUCUGGCGUUAUAGGGAUGGAGACCCCUUUGGGAAGGGGCCAGGGAGGGACUUCAAGGGUGAAGGACAUUGGUCUGCAUGAGAGAAAAGAUCUGCAAAAAUUUAGCUGAGAUGUAUAUCCCAUCUCUUCAACAUGGAACCCAAGAUGUCGGAGCAGGACUGGACUUGGAGCUAGAAGGGACACUGAGAGUCUCCCGAAAGCCCUGGUGAAGAGCCAGGCAGGUGUUAUAAGGAUUCGUAACAUCAAUAACGUUUUUAUUCUCUGUCUGAGAUAGUCUGUAUAGCUGGUUUCUCCAAUCAUUGGGGUUUCCCUUCCCAAAAAUUCAGCUCUCGGCUGGGGGAAAUUGAAGUUGCUGCUAAUGUUGUUCCUUAGGGUAUUUCUUAGGCAGAAUGAAUGUGUUAUUUUGGUUUCUGCCCAAAAGGGAGUCUUGCCUCCACAAUUUCACAUAAAGCCUAUCACAUAUCUGUAUGUUCCUAUCUCUGCCCAAGAAGAGAGCUACUGAUCUGCUCCAUCAGACAGAAUACUCUAAAGUCCUCCAGAUAGACUAAUGAAUUCUGACUCAAUUGGAGAAAAUGUGAUUGGUACCAACUCCUCCUUACAUGUAGCUUUCCUAUUUUCCCCUGCUUUCUCCAAUCCAUCUUCAUAAAGUAAAAAUCCUAUAUAACAUUUUUUUGGAGGGGGAUGUAUGUCAGGACCUUGGAAUUAUAAAUCAAUAAGCAUCUAUUAAGCACUGGAGAUACGUUAAAAAAAAAAGGGAGGGGGGAACAGAAGCUCUCAAAGAGCUCACAAUCUCAUGGGAAGAAAUCACAUAGAUAUUAUAUAAAGAAAUUAAAGACCUAAAUAGAAAAAUCAUUUUAAGUGGGAAAAGGGAAGGGACAGAGUUGUAAGGAAAGAGAUGGAAAAAUGGGAUAUGUAGAGAGAAAUGUCUAGAACCUAUAUUCAGUACCUAGGAUUACAACCAAUUUGAUCAUCCAUCCUUAAUUUGCUGGUACUGUAUCAAAGUUACCUAGGUGUCCUAGAUAACUUUGAUACAGUACCAGCAAAUUCUACAGUGAUUAAUGACUUCCAAGUUGGGAGAUGCAGUUUAUUAUAAGGACUUUGUCAUUUAAAAAAUCUUUAUUUACCUCUAAUAAAAAAAGUACUAGACAUUUUUUUAAACAUAAAAACCAUCCCUUAUAUUUAAAAAGAUGAGAAGCCUCUGGCUUAGAGAAAAAAGAAUUUAACUUUUAGGGUAUGCAGUCUUUGAAUAUGGAGUUGAAAGAACUAUAUAACUUUUCACAGCAUUUAAUCUACUUUUCACUACAUCUAUCAUCCUAGCUCCUUCCCAUUUUUGCCUUGAUUCUUUACCUGUUUUCUCCUUUUAUGCCCUACCAUUAUUCCAGAUUAUUCUUUACACUAAAGGGAGUUGAGUGAAAUAAGUUUAUAGACAGUUGAUGAUCUCUGUAAGAGGAGAAAAUUUCUACACCAAAAGUUUCCAACCCUUAUGAAAUUCUAGGUUUGGACCCCCUAAAAAUGCCCUAACUCUUGUUGAAGGAUUAAUAAAUAUUUGUUGAGUUGAUCUGAA